AUGUUCGAAGGCUUCAAAGAAUUCAACAUCGCCGUCACCCCAGAUGUCACAAUCCACGGCAUCAAAUCCGGGACCGGCCCACCUCUCCUCCUCCUCCACGGCUUCCCACAAACCCACCACAUCUGGCACAAGAUAACCCCCUCCCUAACCCCCUCCUUUACAGUAAUAGCGCUCGACCUCCGCGGCUACGGCCGCUCCUCCAAACCCCCCUCCUCAACCCAGCAAAACCACGCACCGUACUCCAAAUCCGUAAUGGCAUCUGACUGCAUCUCCGUCAUGUCCUCUCUCGGCUUCAAGAAAUUCAGCAUCUGCUCUCACGACCGCGGUGCACGCGUAGCGCAUAAGCUGUGCGUCGAUUCCCCGGCGUCCGUGGAGCGGGUUAUGCUUCUAGACAUCGCGCCCACGCUAGCCAUGUUCGAGAAGACAGAUAUGCAGUUCGCGACCGCGUACUACCACUGGUUCUUCCUGAUCCAGCCGUCGCCGUUCCCGGAGACGCUUCUCAUGAACCAGAAGGAGGUAUUCGGGCGGCGGUUUUUCGGCGGCGGGUAUGCGGGGAUGAGUGAAGACAGGGGGUUUUGGGACGAGCAGGCGUUGGGGGAGUAUAUGAGGCUUUUUGAAGAUGGGGAGGGGGUUCAUGCUAUGUGUGAGGAUUAUAGGGCUGCGGCGACGAUUGAUCUUGAGGAGGCGAGGAAGGAUCGCGGGGAGGGGAGGAAGAUCAUGUGUCCGGUUAGGGUGUUGGUUGGGGCGAGGGGGGUGGUGGCGACGAAGUUUGAUUUCUUGAAGGAGUGGAGGGAUGUUAGUGAGGGGGUGGUGACGGGGGGAGGCUGUUGA